GGGGGGGGGGGGGGAGCUCUGGGUCACAAGACAUGAAAGAGCAAGGCCCUACAAUAGAGACCGGGGAGAAAAGUUGAAAGCGGGGCCUGACUGACCAUUAUUCUGUAUGGCCGGUAGCCUUCCUGCCAGUAGGCGGGGAACAGAGUCUGCGCGUAGCUGACCUGUGGCCGAGCUCGGCGCAAGGCGCUGGCUGGGAAGGAAACGAUUGUCAGGGGUUUUUCUUCCUGAACGGGUAGGCUACAUGUGCUUCUGUAUUUCCUGGAAGAAUGACAGAUGACAAAGAUGUACUUAGAAAAGUGUGGUUUGGGCGAAUACCAACCUGUUUUACUCUAUAUCAAGAUGAGAUCACUGAAAGAGAAGCUGAACCUUACUACCUGCUCUUACCUAGAGUUAGUUACCUGACACUUGUAACAGACAAGGUGAAAAAACAUUUUCAGAAAGUUAUGAGACAAGAAGAUGUUGUAGAAAUAUGGUUUGAAUACGAAGGCACACCACUGAAAUGGCAUUACCCUAUUGGCUUGCUCUUUGAUCUUCAUGCAUCAAAUACAGCCCUUCCUUGGAACAUCACAGUGCAUUUUAAGAACUUUCCAGAGAAAGACCUUCUCCAUUGUCCCUCUAAAGAUGUUAUUGAAGCUCAUUUCAUGGCUUCUAUAAAAGAAGCAGAUGCCCUAAAACAUAAAAGUCAAGUUAUCAAUGAGAUGCAAAAAAAGGAUCAUAAACAACUUUGGAUGGGAUUACAGAAUGACAAAUUUGACCAAUUUUGGGCCAUAAACAGGAAACUCAUGGAGUACCCUCCAGAAGAUAGUGGAUUUCGCUUCAUCCCAUUUAGAAUAUAUCAGGCAACAACUGAGCAACCUUUUAUACAGAAGCUCUUCCGUCCUGUUGCGGCAGAUGGACAGCUAAAUACUCUGGGAGAUCUCCUAAAAGAAGUUUGUCCUGCUGCUAUUAAUCCUGAAGAUGGUGAAAAGAAUCAAGUGGUGAUUCAUGGAAUAGAACCAAUGUUGGAGACACCAGUACAGUGGCUAAGUGAGCAUAUGAGUUACCCUGAUAAUUUUCUGCACAUCAGCGUCCUCCCCCAACCUGCAGAUUGAAAUGUUGGCUUGUGUGUACGAAGAUCACUCUUGGAUUGGAACUACAAAGUUAACUGUUAACUUCCAUCAGUCAUGGUGGGGACAACCUGAUCAGAAAACGUUUCUACUGCAAGUUAAACAGAAAGAAAGAUCCUGUCAUGAGAGAUCAGGAAUCGUACUGGCCAUAUUUUGCAUCACCCACGAUUUUCUUCACUGCUGUCAUUGCAAUUGUGACAUGAGAAACUUUAUAAGACCUCUGCAAGUGAUCAUCUCUUUUCUUGUUAAGAUAAUAUAAUUGAAAGCAUGGAAAAUGUGGAAAUAUGUGCCACUUUGUAUUUCUUACUAAUCAAUAAACAAGGGUAUUUUCUAAAGUUUUGGUGGGUUUUUCCCCUCAAGAGUGAACCCUGGUUUAGUCUAGAAAAUUAGCCAAGGAAUUAUUUUUGUUAACUUGCAGGAUUUCUUUAUAAAGAUUUUCCUUCAUUCCUGAGAAAUGUUUUUGGAGACACACGGGCUGCUUGGGGGAUGUAGGGGAAGAUCUAUUUUGUCAGUUCCUUCUGUGAGCUUUAGGCUCUUGUGUUGUAUUACUUAUACAUUGCUCCUGGAGAAUUCUAACAUGUCUGUAUCAUCUAGAAAGUGUUCAGAGUAUGAUGUGUGAUACCCUUAUCACAAUGUAUUACAAAUAAGUCCAAGAAAAUAUUAAACUACGUAAUGGAUUUAUACCCAGCACUGUGUUACAAAGAUUUCCCUCUUGCCAAACAGUUAAUCAGCAUAAAUUGCCUUGGUUUGGUCUCUUAAGAAGUGAUUGGAGUUGAAAGUGUGACCAUGUAUUAAAAAACAUACCUCCAGAUACAGGAUUUUUCCUCCUUUCCAAGAGGUUCCCCUUCUGACUGUUUGAGCCUCUCCAUCCAAAUUAGUUCUAUGCAGGGCUCUUUUUGUAGAAAAAGCCCAGCAGGAACUCAUUAGCAUAAUAGGCCA